UUUGGAAGCCACCAGCAGCAGAGUGUUGAUGCCUUUGGAAGCCACCAGCAGCAGAGUCUCCACAACAAAUAUCGUUGUUCUUUCCACCAUGUUAAUGUGUCCAUCGGUAUGAUAAGGUAAAGGAAACUACAAAGCGGCAUAAUGAAAGUAGAAAAUUUCCGUGAUUGUUGUCGGUUCACCCAACCGCUCAAGUCCUCCGCAUUUUCUGUCUUUACUCAGUUAACUAUUUCCUGCGAACCAAAAAACCUGCUCCUCUUUUCCUUGUUUCGAUUGUGCCUCAAGAGCAAAAGUACAGCACGAAGUUGAUAAAAUUCAAGUCAUCAUGUCGUCCGCCUCCUCCAGCUCCAGCUCCGCUGGUCCGCAGAAUACUGCCGAAAGACAAAAUGCUGCCAUUCUUUGCGAGGACGCGGCAACUGAUGCUGGUCCCUCUCCUCUCCAGCAAGAGAACGUGGGAGCCCUGAUCAUUACCGACGUCAGUGGGAAGGAACGCAGAAUAACUGUUCCUCUCGAGGCAGAUGACGCUCCACCGCCAGUGGCGAUCCUGCAUCGUGAUUACCUCGGGCCGUUUUUCGAAAACAAACUUAUGCCACCGCGGCACCGCAUUCGAUGGUUGAAACAAGAGACGGCGGUGCAAAGUGACAAACGCGAGGAGGAGACGAGUGCGCCAGAGCAGACGGUCGGCGACGGGGAGACGCGUACGGAUGCAGGUGUGGGGGCCCCAUGUGUGUCGCUGACGUCCCACGGCGGGCAAGAAAAGGAAGGAUAUGCAGCUGCAGCAAAUGAUGGCCGAGAUAGCAACGAAAAAGCUCCCGCGCAGGCAAGCCAGAGUGAUCUGGUGGAUGAUGUCGAUGGUUUGGCUUCUGAGGUUUCAUCUGUGGCAUCAGGCAGGCAAGUUCCGGUCGACAGUGAUCAGGAACCCCUGGAAGUACUCGUCGUGGCGGCCGCGUGUCCGGGCAAGAAAGCCGACGCCGGCCCAUCUUCACGAGAGGGCGAAAUACUACCGCAUCCUCCACCGGAAGCAGACCUCCCUGUUUACCAAUUCAUCGUAACUGGUCCACCUGAGAAGCACGAACUCGUGCAAACGUCUGAUGAAGCUGCUGAAACGUGGUUGUACGAUCGCAAAUACAAAAUCGAGGAGUAUCCGGAAAUGGAGGACGAUGACAGGGAGCAGCUACAGGAGUGCAUUGCAACGGUCAUUCCUCUGAAACGGACGUUUUCGCCGUUAGAUGAGGGACAAUGCGACUGGUUUUUCCUCAAGUGGCGACUCCUCAGCGCUGUGCUCCGUCUGCCGGAAGCAGAGUGGGAGAAGCACGGAUGGAACGACCCACCGCCCAAGAUUUUGCAGGUGUCGAAGAAGGGUACCAAGGUUCGCACAUCGCCGACACCGCCUACAAGUUAUCGACAGGCGUACGCAGUAAGAGUGGUGCGAGGCUUGGUUGGCAAGUGUCCUCCCUCUGCGGAGGAGGAUUUCGAGCCGCACCAAAACGAGGUUGCGGAAAAGGUGGUGGGCCUGGCGCUGUCUCUAAUCGAAAAGUGGGAGCACGUAAAUUUUCAGCACCUCCUCGAACUUCUGCCGGACUUGGCCGAUAGUUGGAGUGAACAUCAAGCGCAAUGGAACCACGACCCACGGCCGCACCCCUACACAAAAGGGUGCGUCCAGCAGAUCUCCAAAGCACUGGACGCGUGGGCUGGAAACAACGCUGCAAGCGUGAAGAAAUGCAAACGCGUCGGGGACAAGCUCUAUAAGGCGAUUGAGCACCACGUGAAGAAGUCCUUUCGCAACUUUCUGGCCGGCCGCUGCAUUUACGUGGUACCAUGGCGCACACAUACGCGCUUGCUUUUAUAUGCUUCGAUGUGGUUGAUGUCAUUCGGGGUUUAGCUUUUCAAUUUGAUAGGAUAAAGAGAUCAAAUUCCAGUAGAAAUCCUUCACGAACAACCAGGAUCAUGCUGCAGAGAACCGAGGCAACGGAGACGAUUUUGCAAAAUAUUGCGAGCAAGUCGCUGACCACAUCUCUAUCAAAAAGGCAACUCUUGGCCUUGACUAGGUCCACCUCACAUCUUCUAUGCGUUGCGCCUUGUUUAGCUGGCAUGAGCUUGCCCUUGUGCAUUCGGAUCUCUUGUCUUCAAGGAGCAGCCUGGUCGCCACAGGACGUGGUCUGCCUAUUGUGAAAGUGUCGUAGCAGCAGGUGCAGCCGCAGGUGGACGAUAUACGUCAAAGAAGUCGCCAGCAAUAUAUAAUUCCACACACAAAAACAAAUUAUAAACGGAUGCGAGGUUGUCCCGAAUUUCGUUUUCAUAGAAUCGCAGUGGGUGAAUGUUUUUGCCAAGUGUAUGACCGACACGCACCCCGAGCUGAACUUGUCGGAUGAUCGUGUUGAAACGUUACGAGGGACCGUGAGCGACUUUCGCAAAGCAAGCGAGAAGCUGAAAGAGUAUACGAACCAUUUGGUUUGGGGCGUCGAUGAAGAGGACGAGGCGGUCAGCGACUCGGACGACAGUGACGAUGACGGCCAGGUCGCAGCCGCAGGCGAUGAGGCUGACGACACCAGUGACUACUUUAGCCCGUUGCCGCUGAGUAGUUUGUUUUGAGUCUGAAACUGUUAUGGGAUAGCAACGCUUCGUCGAACUGGGAAAUGGCUUCACCGAGCUAGGACGAGGGCUCAGAAAUGUGUGUAGCUGCAGGACAUAAUAUUUCAUUUGUGCUAAGUAGCAGUGGCACGGACUAUCGACUGAAGCGAAUAAUUAAUUAAGAUUUCACUUUGAGCAGAUAAUGAUAAAUCAGACGCACCACUGUCAAAAGCGACAACACAUAAUUUGAAAAUGUUUGUGUGGGUAUUAUGUGGCGUUGACCCCAGUGGAGGUUCAGUCAAUUUUAAAGAACACUUCGCUAGUGCAAAUUUUGGACACUCUCAUACACCUCGGUAUAUUUUCGUGUUUGGACACGCACAGUUCUUCUAGUUUCGUCGAGGAAACGAGAUUCCGAGAGGAGGUUGGCUGACACCGAAACUAGUUCCAGCAUUGCAAGUGGAUUGCUUCACCUUGAGCCCCGCAAUUUAUAGAGGUCUAACCGGAGUAAAUUUUCGCGUGGUCGGUCACCGUCAUAAAGGAAUUGCAAGAGCAUGUUGGCGUGACUACUGCUAUAUUAGUCGUCGAGUGAGAUGCUUUACACACGUACUAUGGCUUAGAGACGAUAUUGAGGAGAAUGAUGUUGAGACCGCGACACCUCUGAUACUUAUAGGAUAAGAGUGAGACUGAUACACAAGAAGCGGGCGGCGGACGAACGUUUGUACUUCCCACAUGCGCUCUUUGCGGGGUCAAGCUCUACGACUGUGAUUCUGAUGCACCAGGUCGGGUACGCAAGUUGUUGAAUUACCCCACGCACUUCGACGGCGGGUUGACGUGCAUGAAACUCGGCUGCGUCAAUGCCUACAAAAGCUGGACAGUGCCCGACUUUCGCGGGCCAUGCCGUUACAGACGCCAUGCGCCCAAGCAGGACCGCGAUCGUGUAGCCUCUCGGGUCGCGGUCGCCGCACCAGAAUCGGCGCAGGUGAUGGCGACGGCCC